AUGUCACGACAAACUAAGACUACCUCCAAACAAUACCUACAACCCAUGCGAUUAUGGUGCGCCAAAAUUCUUGGUGUUAGAGCUUUCCUGGUCUUCCAGCGCGUUCAGCGCUUCUACAGUACCUUUAUCGUCCUCUCGGCCCUUGUCAGCGGCUUGGCUCUGGCAGCUCUUACAUUUCCUGAAUUCCAUCCAAGUACCGGAGGAAUUCACAUAGCCGAGGGCUUUCUAUGUAGCUCAGCUAUCACUUCCUUACUCGCAGCGGUUAUAGCGACAAUGCUAGUAUUCGUAUUUGAAGGGGUAGAACAAGCGACACGAACGGAUCUGGCAGUGGCUUGGUUACCCUUGGUGUUAUUGGAUGUAUCAAUAAUUGAGUUUCUCGUUGGGAUUGUGUGCUGGUACUGUGGCAACAAUAUUCAUUGGAGGGGGGCUUUGAUGGCGACCCAACUCGUUGGCUUGUUAGGAGUAUGCAUUGCGCUCUCCUUAUGGAUAUGGUUCCAUUUACUUAAGAAGGGUGCACUUGGUAAAGAGGAAAGGGAAGCUACUGUUAAACCGCAAGCCACUGCACCAAGAGAUAUAGCGCGCUAG